AUGAAAGUCAAGAUUGUCGGCGGCAAGAACAACUUCUGGCUCUGGACCAAGAAAGAUGGCUUCGAUCUUACCCACCCGCCAACUCCAGAUUCACCACCCAUCUACCCCAGAAUCACUCUCAACACGCGCGCUGAGAAAGCCACCAUCGACCCUGCAAAAACAGCUCUCGUCGUCAGAGACAUGCAGAAAUAUUUCCUUUCGCCUCUUCUCGGUCGUCCUCCCAAAAGUCCUGGUCUGGCGAUCGUAGAAAAGCUCGUUAAGGACGUCAUUCCCGUCUGUCGCAAAGCUGGCAUACCAGUUGUGUGGCUUGGCUGGGGUGCGAAAGACAGUGACCUAGACGAUAUGCCCCCGAGCAUCGCGAGAGGAUUCGACUUUCCUCUCGACAAGAACUUUGUCAAACCGACAUUCCUGGGAAGUAUCGGUGCCGAAAUUGGACAAGUCAAGUGCGAGGACGGAACACUCAUCGACGCGGGUCGAGUCAUGAUGCGAGAUCAGUGGAACACCGAGUUCCAUCCCAGUCUGAAGAGAAUCGCAGAGCCGCAAGACAUUCACAUCAACAUGAAUCGACUUCAAGGGUUUUGGGGAGGGGACUGCCAUCGAAGAUGCACUGCGUAA